UCAGCGUGGGUUCUCUCCAAUGUUUGUAAAUUGUAGUCUGAAGACACUGCUCUGCAUAUCUCACCGCGCAAAUGUAUUUUCUAAUGUUUAUAAACUUUCCAAGUUUGGAUUUUAUUUAAAAACUACCGGUCUUAAGAAACAGCGGGACUGAAGGUCACUGCGACGUUGUGGAGUUUAAGGAACCGAACAAGGAUUCAUUGGAGGUGACUUGUCUCCCUGUCCCGGUGUAACUGAUGCGUCCACGGAGCGUCUGUGCUCGUAAAACGAGUUGAAGCAACACAGUGCCAGCGCGGAAGAGAGACAUAUAAUGGUCCUGAGCCAGAUGGAUGCCGGUAAAGCUCUGACGGCGGCGGCAGCCAACGGGAGCACGAGCGAGGUGCAGCGGAUCCUGAUGGAAUGCAGAGUGCCCGCGGACACGCUCAACGAGUUCGGCAGGACGGCGCUGCAGGUGAUGAUGAUGGGGAACUCCAAGAUUGCCGGUUUGCUGUUGGAAAAGGGAGCCGACCCCAACGUCCAGGACAACCACGGGAUAGCGCCGGUCCACGACGCGGCCCGAACCGGGUUCCCGGACACUCUGCGAGUUCUGGUGGAGUAUGGCGCUUCGGUGAACCUCCCGGACCACAGCGGCGCCCUGCCCAUCCACAUCGCCAUCAGGGAAGGCCACCGGGAUGUCGUGGAGUUCCUGGCGCCGCUCUCUGACCUGAAGCACGCCAACCUCAGCGGUCAGACGGCGAUCGACGUGGCCCGGGCCUCGUGUGCGCCCGACAUCAUGGACUUGCUUUUUGCUCACAUUCAUAGUUAGUCAGAAGUGUGGGGGCCGUCCGGGUAACCCUGAUUUGGCUUCAGACCUGGUCACUUGAAUUCAUUGCUGUGUAAAGGAUUAAUUGUUUUGUUACUAGUCGAUCAGCAUUAAUAUUUGACGAGGGACAUAUUGUCCUGGCAGCUUGUUUUCAGUGGAGGGGUGGCUAUAUACAGUAGACACCUCUUUUGCACAGUGCAAUUUAGGCACCUUACGUAUCUGUUUUCCCUUUUUUAUUGGGAGUGCACAUUUGAAGAUCGUUUCCCCAGUGUUUUGUAAUUUUUACAUUUAUUCCCAUUGUGAAACAGUUGAAACCCUAUGUGUUUUUAAACACUUUUACAGACCUUGAUGUGGUGCACCCUUAUUGCUUUUCAUAGUUUUGUUUCUCAUUAGAUGUAUUUAGACUUUGGAUUUACUCCUAUUUAUUGUUGGAAUAGAACUGAAUAUUCCUGUGACUUUGUAAAUAGCAACAUUUAUUGUGGUUUGUUAAAAUGUUAUUUAUAUAAAUAAUUUUAAAACAAAAGUGAGAUUAUUCACUUUAGUAUUUGAAGAGCAAACACAGAAUAAAGGGAACUUGAAUUCUUGAA